AGGAGGAGGAGGAGGCCCCGCCGCGGCCUUCGCCGCCGCCAACGGGGCUGUCCCUGUAGCUCCCGAUGGAGUUUGAGGCCGUGAAACCGCCGCCGAGCUCUGCCCCGGCGAGACGAGGCGCCUCCGUCGCCGAGCCGCGCCGUCGCGGGGCUCCCGGGAGCGGCCCUUAGCGACCCCGCCCGGGCCCCCUCAGCUUACAAAACACUACACAGCAAAAUAAUGAUCUGCUAGACUGCUAACCCGAGCAUCCAGCUUCCACAAUGCCUGUGCAGGCAGCUCAAUGGACAGAAUUUCUGUCCUGUCCAAUCUGCUAUAAUGAAUUUGAUGAGAAUGUGCACAAACCCAUCAGUUUAGGUUGUUCACACACUGUUUGCAAGACCUGCUUGAAUAAACUUCACCGAAAAGCUUGUCCUUUUGACCAGACUGCCAUCAACACAGACAUUGAUGUACUUCCUGUCAACUUCGCGCUUCUCCAGUUAGUUGGAGCCCAGGUACCAGAUCAUCAGUCAAUAAAGUUAAGUAAUCUAGGUGAGAAUAAACACUAUGAGGUUGCAAAGAAAUGUGUUGAGGAUUUGGCACUCUACUUAAAACCACUAAGUGGAGGAAAAGGUGUAGCUAGUUUGAACCAGAGUGCACUGAGUCGUCCAAUGCAAAGGAAACUGGUGACACUUGUGAACUGUCAACUGGUGGAGGAAGAAGGUCGUGUCAGAGCCAUGCGAGCAGCCCGUUCACUUGGAGAAAGAACUGUAACAGAACUGAUAUUACAGCACCAGAAUCCUCAGCAAUUGUCUGCCAAUUUGUGGGCCGCUGUCAGGGCUCGAGGAUGCCAGUUUCUAGGGCCAGCUAUGCAAGAAGAGGCCUUGAAGCUAGUGUUGCUGGCAUUAGAAGAUGGUUCUGCUCUCUCAAGGAAAGUUCUGGUACUUUUUGUUGUGCAAAGACUAGAACCAAGAUUUCCUCAGGCAUCAAAAACAAGUAUUGGUCAUGUUGUGCAACUACUGUAUCGAGCUUCUUGUUUUAAGGUUACUAAAAGAGAUGAAGAUUCUUCCCUGAUGCAGCUAAAGGAGGAAUUCCGUAGUUAUGAGGCACUACGCAGAGAACAUGACGCCCAAAUUGUUCAUAUUGCUAUGGAAGCAGGACUCCGUAUUUCACCUGAGCAGUGGUCCUCACUUUUAUAUGGUGACUUGGCUCAUAAAUCACACAUGCAAUCUAUCAUUGACAAGCUGCAGUCCCCAGAAUCAUUUGCAAAGAGUGUCCAGGAAUUGACAAUUGUUUUGCAACGAACGGGCGACCCAGCUAACUUGAAUAGACUGAGGCCUCAUUUAGAGCUUCUUGCGAACAUAGACCCUAAUCCAGAUGCUGUUUCACCUACUUGGGAGCAGCUGGAAAAUGCAAUGGUAGCUGUUAAAACAGUGGUUCAUGGCCUUGUGGACUUUAUACAAAAUUACAGCAGAAAAGGCCAUGAGACACCUCAACCUCAGCCGAACAGCAAAUACAAGACUAGCAUGUGCCGAGAUUUGCGACAGCAAGGAGGGUGUCCACGAGGAACAAAUUGUACGUUUGCCCAUUCUCAGGAAGAGCUUGAAAAGUAUCGAUUAAGGAACAAAAAGAUCAAUGCGACUGUAAGAACGUUUCCUCUUCUAAAUAAAGUUGGUGUAAACAACACUGUCACAACCACAGCCGGAAAUGUCAUUUCUGUCAUAGGAAGUACUGAAACAACCGGGAAAAUUGUUCCAAGUACAAAUGGAAUAUCAAAUGCAGAAAACAGUGUUUCCCAGCUAAUCCCACGUAGUACUGACAGUACUUUAAGAGCUCUGGAGUCUGUGAAGAAAGUGGGGAAGGUUGGCACUAAUGGUCAGAAUGCUGCUGGGCCCUCUGCAGAGUCUGUAACUGAAAAUAAAAUUGGUUCUCCACCCAAGACUCCUGUAAGUAACAUAACUGCUACCUCAGCUGGGCCCUCUAAUGUUGGAACAGAACUGAAUUCUGUGCCUCCAAAAUCCAGCCCAUUUCUCACUAGAGUACCAGUAUACCCUCAGCAUUCUGAAAACAUUCAGUAUUUUCAAGAUCCAAGGACUCAGAUACCCUUUGAAGUCCCACAGUACCCACAAACAGGAUACUACCCACCACCUCCAACGGUACCAGCUGGUGUGGCUCCCUGUGUUCCUCGCUUUGUGAGACCCAAUAAUGUUCCAGAGUCCUCCCUCCCACCUGCUUCCAUGCCAUAUGCCGAUCAUUACAGUACAUUUUCCCCUCGAGAUCGAAUGAAUUCUUCUCCUUACCAACCUCCUCCUCCGCAGCAGUAUGGACCAGUUCCUCCAGUACCUUCUGGAAUGUAUGCUCCUGUGUACGACAGCAGGCGCAUCUGGCGUCCACCCAUGUACCAACGAGAUGACAUUAUUAGAAGCAAUUCUUUACCUCCAAUGGAUGUGAUGCACUCAUCUGUCUAUCAGACAUCUUUGCGGGAAAGAUAUAACUCAUUAGAUGGAUAUUAUUCAGUGGCUUGUCAGCCACCAAGUGAGCCAAGGACAACGGUGCCUUUACCAAGGGAACCUUGUGGUCAUUUGAAGACCAGUUGCGAGGAGCAGAUACGAAGAAAGCCAGAUCAGUGGGCACAGUACCACACUCAGAAAGCACCUGUGUCUUCAACUCUUCCUGUGGCAACACAGUCACCAACACCACCUUCUCCUCUAUUCAGUGUAGACUUCCGCACGGAUUUCCCUGAGCCUGUGAGUGGUACAAAAUUUGAAGAAGAUCAUCUUUCCCAUUAUUCUCCCUGGUCUUGUGGUACCAUAGGCUCCUGUAUAAAUGCCAUCGAUUCAGAGCCGAAAGAUGUAAUUGCUAAUUCAAAUGCUGUGUUAAUGGACCUGGACAGUGGAGAUGUUAAGAGAAGAGUGCAUUUAUUUGAAACUCAGAGAAGGACAAAAGAAGAAGAUCCAAUAAUUCCCUUUAGUGAUGGACCUAUUAUUUCAAAAUGGGGUGCAAUUUCCCGAUCUUCCCGCACAGGUUACCAUACUACAGAUCCUGUCCAGGCUACUGCUUCCCAAGGAAGUGCAACUAAGCCCAUCAGUGUAUCAGAUUAUGUCCCUUAUGUCAAUGCCGUGGAUUCAAGGUGGAGUUCAUAUGGCAAUGAGGCCACAUCAUCAGCACACUAUAUUGAACGGGAUAGAUUCAUUGUUACUGAUUUAUCUGGUCAUAGAAAGCAUUCCAGUACUGGAGACCUUUUGAGCAUUGAACUUCAGCAGGCCAAGAGUAACUCAUUACUUCUUCAGAGGGAGGCUAAUGCUCUAGCCAUGCAACAGAAGUGGAAUUCCCUGGAUGAAGGCCGUCACCUUACCUUAAAUCUUCUAAGCAAGGAGAUUGAACUGAGAAAUGGAGAGAGUGAUUAUACUGAAGAUGCAGCAGAUACUAAGCCUGAUAGAGAUAUUGAGUUAGAGCUUUCAGCACUUGAUACUGAUGAACCUGAUGGACAAAGUGAACAAAUUGAAGAAAUCCUGGACAUGCAACUUGGUAUCAGUUCUCAAAAUGAUCAGUUGCUGAAUGGAACUACAGUGGAAAAUGGGCAUCCAGUCCAACAGCACCAGAAGGAGCCACUAAAGCAGAAGAGACAGAGUUUAGGCACCAUGACAACCCUGGAUGACAAGUUGCUGGGAGAGAAACUGCAGUACUACUACAGUAGCAGUGAGGAUGAGGACAGCGACCAUGAAGACAAGGACAGAGGCAGGGGUGCCCCGGCCAGCAAUUCCAUGCCUGUGGAGGCUGAGCUGGCAGGUGAAGGCAUCUCAGUUAAUACAGGUCCAAAAGGUGUGAUCAAUGACUGGCGCCGCUAUAAGCAGUUGGAGACAGAGCAGAGGGAGGAACAGUGCCGGGAGAUGGAAAGGCUGAUCAAGAAGCUGUCUAUGACCUGCAGGUCCCAUCUGGAUGAAGAGGAGGAGCAACAGAAACAGAAGGACCUCCAGGAGAAGAUCAGUGGGAAGAUGACUCUGAAGGAGUUUGCUACGAUGAAUGAGGACCAAGAUGACGAAGAGUUUCUGCAGCAGUAUCGGAAACAGAGGAUGGAAGAGAUGAGGCAGCAGCUACACAAGGGGCCCCAAUUCAAGCAAGUUUUUGAAAUCCCUACUGGAGAAGGGUUUUUAGACAUGAUCGAUAAAGAACAGAAAAGCACCCUCAUCAUGGUCCAUAUUUAUGAGGAUGGCAUUCCGGGAACUGAAGCCAUGAAUGGCUGCAUGAUCUGCCUGGCUGGGGAGUACCCGGCUGUCAAAUUCUGUCGGGUGAAGAGCUCGGUUAUUGGGGCCAGCAGUCGGUUUACUCGGAAUGCCCUUCCUGCCCUGCUGAUCUACAAGGGGGGUGAAUUGAUUGGCAAUUUUGUACGCAUCACUGACCAGCUGGGGGAAGAUUUCUUUGCUGUGGACCUUGAAGCCUUCCUACAGGAAUUUGGAUUACUCCCAGACAAGGAAGUCUUGGUGCUGACAUCUGUGCGUAACUCUGCCACCUGUCACAGUGAGGACAGCGAUCUGGAAAUAGAUUGAACGGAUGGUCUAGUUACAUAGAUAUCUCAUUGUUUGGGCUGGAAGACAUAUGUCUGUGUUUAUUUUUGUUCCUUCUUGUGUCUUCUGACUUUUCAGCUGUUCUUUGUAGUCUUUUUGAUUAUGUGGAAAGUCAAGAAAUUCUUAGAUUAAAUCAGAAUGCUGGAUUACCUUGUGGCUAGCAAUAAAGUGACUUAAAAUUACAUAAACAGGAAGCCAGGCUUUUGAACUGUUUACUUAAUAUUCUCUAGCAUGACAACUCUGUUAUUGUUUCUAGUCAAUAUUUACAUAGCAUUCUAAAGACUGUCCUGGAAAUUGUCUCCUGUUGACCUCUGUGGUCUCUGCCAGGUCUGAGAAUAGAAUUCUCUAGUUCGUAUGUUAUUUGCAAUGUAAAUAGUAUAUUUCCUUAAUCAAAUGAUUGCAAUUAUAUUUACUUGUAAUUAGAUCUCCCA